AGAAAAAGAAAGGAUCUCCGCUGCUUUGCGUCUCUGUUCUCCGUCACUCCAUCGACAAGGGCUCUGCGUCUCCGUUCUCCGUCACCCCAUCGACAAGGGCAAUCGAGCUCAGAGUCAGUUUCCGAGCUGAGGCUUGUUGCUGGCUUGUGACUGGUUGUAUCAGUGCUGACAAUGGAAUCAAUAGUGAAAAAAUUUCAGUCAAAAUUCAGAAAGGUUAGGGAAGAAUUAAAUCAUUGGGAAGAGCUUCAAUCUUGCUUGAUUUCACAGUUUACGAAUGCUUCCCAUAUUGUUGAUAGGUUGCAGGUGCUUCAAAAUUCCAACAAUUAUGGUAUUCUAAAUUGUGUUAGCGGCAUGAGUGAUGCUCUUACAGUUAAGCAGAUUGAAUCGUUAAACAACAUUUUGGUUUCUAUGAGAAGGACUUUGGAAGAAUUUCAUUGUAUUGUCUUAUCUCUUGAGAAAAUUCACCGUGAUGGUAGACAAUUAGUGAAAGGCGGUUCUUCUCGCCUGACCAUGAAACAACUACAGCAGCAAGUGGGCAUCAAACCUAGGCUUAUUGAUUGCUUGGAUGGCCUGAUGUUUUUGCAUGAGAUAUACAACUCUGAGUAUUUGUUAAAAUCAUCAGUGGUCUCAGCAAUAUCAGCAAUGGUCUUAAAGCCCAGUGCUAAGGAUCUUGGUGCGCUUCAGCAACUCCUGGUUGAUCAACCCAAUCUCCAGACUGAGGAAGUUCAAUUUGCAUUUGAUAUAAUAUUUGCUGAAGAACUGUGUUGAUGAUUCUCUGCUGUGGAUAUUGACUUUAGACCUGGGAAUGCUUGGGCUUUUUGUUCGUCAAGGGAGCGUUUUGAUUCUUCAUCCAUUAUUAGAUGCAAAAUGAAUUAUGAUAAUUGUAAUAAUUUAUGAAUUUUAUGAUUGUUAUUCAAGGAUUUGAUAAUUUAGAAAACUAACAUUUUAUUAGAUUUUUUAUUAUCUUUGGGUUAAAAUACCUUCAGAUGUCUUGUGAUAUUCAAAACUAGCCAAUUGACAAUAGUGAGGUUCUUCCGCAG